AUGAGAGAGCUCUCUCUUUCUAACCCUCCUCCGUACUACCCCACCGUACGCACAAAACGGGAAUUGGUGCGUCCUUUUCCUACUCGUACCCCCCCUUUCAUUCCUGCAGAUGCGCUCGUAGAAUGGGGGGGGCGUAUUUUCUUCUUCGGGGGAUUUGUGCGGACUGAUGAUCUACUUUACUGCGCUGGACUGGGCUGGGCUGGGCUGGGCCCCGGAUGGAAUUGGUUUUGCUGACUUUAUAUGAUAACUGUUGCUUUUUUUUUUGUUUUUACCUUGUUUCUUUUGUUGCUCUGGGGCAGCAUACAGUAGGCUACUCGUUCCAUUCGAGUUGAUGAGGACGGAUGCAUCGAUGGAGGUUCCCGUUCCGCUAGAUCGCUGCGAUUCUUAUUCACCCUACCGGUAUCCCUCUGUUAUGAUGCUGUAAAUUUUGUGAUUGGAGGGGAGGGGGCUUGUUUUCCGGUUCGACUCACAUUCACAUUUGCCAUACCGUACCGGUAUGCUGCUGGCCGUCCCCGGUUUUGCAUCCUGACGGGCUGUUGCUGCCCCCCAGCUACUCGUAGCUACUUAGUAUUAAUACGGCAGCGCAGUGCUGUGCAGGUCACUCGGAGAUCAAGGUCAAGUGAAAAAGAAAAAAAAAA